GGCUGGCGCCGUCGCUGCUUGGCGGGUUGUCCAGGUAACCGCGGGAGUUGUCUCGGUCAGCAAGCAUCCGAGACCUGUGUGCGUCAUGCAGUUGAAGCACCUGAGGACCCUGCUGAGCCCUCAGGAUGGAGCUGCGAAGGUGACUUGUAUGGCCUGGUCCCAGAACAACGCUAAAUUUGCUGUCUGCACAGUGGACCGAGUGGUAUUGCUGUACGAUGAGCAUGGGGAGCGGAGAGACAAGUUCUCCACCAAGCCAGCUGACAUGAAGUAUGGCAGGAAGAGCUACAUGGUAAAGGGCAUGGCUUUCUCUCCUGAUUCCACUAAAAUUGCCAUAGGACAGACUGACAACAUCAUCUAUGUCUACAAGAUUGGAGAAGAUUGGGGAGACAAGAAGGUCAUCUGCAACAAGUUCAUCCAGACGAGUGCUGUUACCUGUCUGCAGUGGCCUGCAGAGUACAUUAUUGUCUUCGGACUGGCUGAAGGCAAGGUUCGCUUAGCAAACACUAAAACUAACAAGUCGUCUACCAUCUAUGGGACAGACUCGUAUGUGGUGGCGCUGACAACCAAUUGCUCUGGGAAAGGCAUCCUCUCAGGUCACGCAGACGGCACCAUCGUCAGGUACUUCUUCGAUGACGAAGGCUCCGGAGAGUCACAGGGGAAGUUGGUUAACCACCCAUGCCCACCAUAUGCCUUGGCUUGGGCAACCAACAGCAUCGUGGCUGCAGGCUGUGAUCGGAGGAUUGUGGCCUAUGGAAAGGAAGGCCAUGUGCUACAGACUUUUGACUACAGCCGUGACCCUCAGGAGCGUGAAUUCACCACAGCUGCGGCAAGUCCUGGAGGCCAGUCUGUCGUGCUAGGAAGCUACGACAGACUCCGGGUGUUCAACUGGAGUCCUCGAAGAAGCAUCUGGGAAGAGGCCAAGCCCAAGGAGAUUGCCAACUUAUACACCAUCACAGCCUUGGCGUGGAAGCGGGACGGCUCCCGGCUCUGUGCGGGCACCCUCUGUGGUGGGGUGGAACAGUUUGACUGCUGCCUCCGAAGGAGUAUUUACAAGAACAAGUUUGAGCUGACGUAUGUGGGACCCAGCCAGGUGAUAGUGAAGAACCUAUCUUCAGGGACCAGGGUGGUGCUCAAGUCCCACUAUGGCUAUGAGGUAGAAGAGGUGAAGAUCCUGGGGAAGGAACGGUACUUGGUGGCUCACACAUCGGACACGCUGCUGCUCGGAGACUUGAACACUAAUCGCCUCAGUGAGAUAGCCUGGCAGGGAUCUGGUGGCAAUGAGAAAUAUUUCUUUGAAAAUGAGAAUGUGUGCAUGAUCUUCAAUGCUGGAGAGCUGACCCUGGUGGAGUAUGGGAGUAAUGACUCCUUGGGUUCUGUACGCACUGAAUUCAUGAACCCUCACCUCAUCAGCGUCCGCAUCAAUGAGAGGCGCCAGCGAGGAAUGGAAGAUAAUAAGAAACUGGCUUAUCUUGUUGACAUUAAGACUAUUGCUAUAGUGGAUCUGAUUGGCGGCUACAACAUUGGUACUAUCAGUCACGAGAGCCGUGUGGAUUGGCUAGAACUUAAUGAGACUGGGCACAAGCUUCUCUUCAGGGAUCGGAAACUUCGUUUGCAUUUGUAUGAUAUUGAAAGCUGCUCCAAGACAAUGAUCCUCAACUUCUGCUCCUACGUGCAGUGGGUUCCCGGGAGCGAUGUGCUGGUAGCCCAGAACCGAAACAGCUUAUGUGUGUGGUACAACAUUGAGGCCCCUGAGAGAGUCACCAUGUCCUCUAUCAGGGGUGACGUUGUAGGUCUGGAGCGAGGUGGAGGGAAGACAGAGGUGAUGGUGACCGAAGGGGUGACUACUGUGGCCUACACCCUGGACGAGGGCCUGAUUGAGUUUGGAACAGCCAUCGAUGACGGCAACUACACCCGGGCAACAGCCUUCUUGGAGACCCUGGAGAUGACCCCAGAAACAGAGGCAAUGUGGAAGACCUUGAGCAAACUGGCCCUGGAGGCAAGGCAGCUCCACACUGCUGAGAGGUGCUUUUCUGCUCUGGGUCAUGUGGCCAAAGCUCGAUUCCUGCACGAGACCAAUGAGAUUGCAGAUCAGGUGUCCAGGGAAUAUGGUGGAGAAGGAACUGACUUCUAUCAGGUCCGAGCACGACUGGCCAUGCUGGAAAAGAACUACAAACUAGCAGAGAUGAUCUUCUUGGAACAGAACGCUGUGGAGGAGGCCAUGGACAUGUACCAGGAGCUACGCUGGGAUGAGUGUAUCGCUGUGGCCGAGGCCAAGGGACACCCAGCCCUGGAGAAGCUGCGCAGGGAUUACUAUCAAUGGUUAAUGGACACACAACAAGAGGAGCGAGCAGGGGAACUGCAGGAGAGUCAAGGGGAUGGGCUGGCAGCCAUCAGCCUCUACCUCAAGGCUGGGCUCCCUGCCAAAGCUGCGCGGCUGGUGCUGACCCGCGAGGAGCUGCUGGCCAACACGGAGCUGGUAGAACACAUCACCAUGGCCCUCAUCAAGGGGGAGCUCUACGAAAGGGCCGGUGAUCUCUUUGAGAAGAUUCGAAACCCACAGCGGGCCCUUGAGUGCUACUGUAAAGGCAAUGCAUUCAUGAAAGCGGUUGAGCUGGCACGACUGGCUUUCCCAGUGGAGGUUGUGAGACUGGAGGAGGCCUGGGGGGACUACCUGGUGCAGCAGAAGCAGCUGGAUGCAGCCAUCAAUCACUACAUUGAAGCCAGGUGUUCCAUUAAAGCAAUUGAGGCUGCUCUGGGUGCCCGCCAGUGGAAGAAGGCCAUUUAUAUAUUAGAUCUCCAGGACCGAAACACUGCAUCUAAAUACUAUCCUCGUGUGGCCCAGCACUAUGCGUCUUUGCAGGAGUAUGAGAUUGCUGAGGAGCUCUACACCAAAGGAGACCGGACCAAAGAUGCUAUAGACAUGUACACCCAGGCUGGCCGCUGGGAGCAAGCCCACAAGCUGGCAAUGAAAUGCAUGCGGCCAGAGGAUGUGUCCGUGCUGUACAUCACCCAGGCCCAGGAAAUGGAGAAGCAGGGCAAGUACCGAGAGGCUGAACGGCUGUAUGUCACAGUAGAGGAGCCUGAUCUUGCCAUCACCAUGUUCAAAAAGCACAAGUUGUAUGAUGAUAUGAUCCGCCUGGUAGGGAAGCACCACCCAGAUCUACUCAGUGACACACACCUUCACCUGGGCAAGGAGCUGGAGGCAGAAGGCCGACUGCAGGAGGCUGAGUAUCACUACCUUGAGGCCCAGGAAUGGAAGGCAACUGUGAACAUGUACCGGUCCAGUGGGCUCUAGGAGGCCUACCGGGUGAGGAGUGGCCAAAGCCAUGGAGGAGCCAAUGCCCACAAACACGUGGCCUAUCUGUGGGCGAAGAGUCUGGGAGGAGAGGCUGCAGUUAGACUGCUUAAUAAGCUGGGGCUUCUAGAGGCUGCCAUUGACCACGCUGCUGACAACUGCUCCUUUGAAUUUGCCUUUGAACUCUCUCGGCUAGCCCUCAAGCACAAAACCCCAGAGAUUCAUCUCAGAUACGCCAUGUACCUGGAGGAUGAGGGCAAAUUUGAAGAGGCUGAAGCAGAAUUCAUCAGAGCUGAACCCAAAGAGGCAGUUCUCAUGUUUGUCCACAACCAGGAUUGGGAGGCAGCUCAGCGUGUGGCUGAGGCCCAUGAUCCUGACAGUGUUGCUGAGGUACUGGUAGGUCAGGCCCGUGGGGCCUUGGAGGAGAAGGACUUUCAGAAGGCAGAAGGGUUGCUGCUUCGGGCUCAGAGACCAGGCCUGGCUCUCAAUUAUUAUAAGGAGGCUGGGCUCUGGAGCGAUGCUCUGCGGAUCUGCAAGGACUACGUGCCUGGCCAGCUAGAGGCCCUGCAGGAAGAGUAUGAGCGAGAAGCCACCAAGAAGGGGGGAAGAGGUGUGGAGGGACUUGUAGAGCAAGCACGACAGUGGGAACAGGCUGGAGAGUAUAGCCGUGCGGUGGACUGCUACCUCAAAGUUCGAGACUCAGGGAGCGGCGGCCUGAUGGAGAAGUGCUGGAUGAAGGCGGCGGAACUGUCCAUCAAGUUUCUGCCUCCCCAGCGCAGUCUGGAAGUAGUUCGGGCUGUAGGUCCCCAGCUGAUUGGAAUUGGAAAGCACAGUGCGGUAAGUAAACUCUAUCUGAACCUGGACCUUGUCAAAGAAGCGAUCGAUGCUUUCAUUGACGGUGAAGAAUGGAACAAGGCCAAACGCGUAGCCAAAGAGUUAGACCCACGGUAUGAAGACUAUGUGGACCAGCACUAUAAGGAGUUCCUCAAGAACCAGGGCAAAGUGGAUUCGCUGGUGGGUGUGGACGUAGUAGCCGCCUUGGACUUGUAUGUGGAGCAGGGUCAGUGGGACAAGUGCAUUGAAACCACUCCCAAACAGAACUACAAGAUUCUGCACAAGUACGUGGCCCUGUAUGCAACUCAUCUGAUCCGAGAGGGUGGCUAUGCCCAAGCACUGGCCCUCUAUGUGCAGCACGGAGCCCCUGCUAACCCACAGAACUUCAACAUCUACAAAAGGAUCUUCACUGACAUGGUUAGCUCUCCUGGGACCAACAAUGCCGAGGCCUACCAUAGCUGGGCUGAUCUUCGGGAUGUCCUCUUUAACUUGUGUGAAAAUCUGGUGAAGUCCAGCGAAGCAAACUCGGCAGCUCACGAGGAGUUUGAGAUGAUGCUGCUGAUCGCUCAUUACUAUGCGACACGAUCUGCGGCCCAGAGUAUCAAACAGCUGGAAACCGUAGCUGCCAGGCUCUCCAUCUCACUCCUGCGCCACACCCAGCUGUUACCUGCAGACAAGGCCUUUUAUGAAGCAGGCACUGCUGCCAAGCUGAUUGGCUGGGAAAACAUGGCUUAUUUCCUCAACCGAUUUUUGGAUCUGACUGACGCAAUCGAGGAAGGGACUCUGGACGCUCUUGACCACUGAUUCCAGGACACAGACAUCCCCUUUGAGGUGCCACUCCCGGCCAAGCAGCAUGUACCGGAGGCCCAGAGAGAAGAGGUCGAGGACUGGGUGCUCACAGUCUCGAUGGAUCAGAGGCUGGAGCAGGUUCUGCCCCGGGAUGAGCGCGGUGUCUAUGAGGCUUCCCUGGUAGCAGCGAGCACUGGGGUUCGGGCCCUGCCCUGCCUCAUUACAGGUUACCCCAUUCUGAGGAACAAAAUUGAAUUUAAGCGACCAGGGAAGGCUGCUAAUAAAGACAACUGGAACAAGUUUCUUAUGGCCAUCAAGACCUCCCACAGCCCAGUGUGCCAGGACGUACUCAAAUUCAUCAGCCAGUGGUGUGGUGGGCUCCCCAGCACCAGCUUUUCUUUUCAGUGGACUGGUACAGCUGAGGCCUUUAGCCCUGUCCCUCAUUAAAACUCUGUAAGUAGUCGA